GGGAGUUUAAAAGCCGAGUAGGAGAUGGCAGGGAGAGAUACUGCACACCGCUAAAGGUGUACUACAUUGCGACACAACCAGCUCACUUAAUCAGAUUACCCCUACCACUGGUUAGGGUACUCUGGAGCCCCCACUCCCACUGCCAUGAACCAUGAAUGAAUCUCUGGCUGGCCCUUCCAGUUUCAGUUCUCUGAUCUUGACAGGCACUGAUUGGGGCUUGGAAAUCGAGUGCUUGGGGGUUACCUGACCAGAUACAUCCAAAGAGAACUUCAGUUGGAUCCUGUUAGCUGAAGUAUAGUCAUGAGGAUCAAGGUUCUCAUAGUCCUGUUUCUCGUUCAAGCCUGUUGGGCGGCGCCCGAGUUCCAGUCGGAUUCGGAUUUGGCACAUGGCGAACACAACCAUCAUCACCACCAUGAAGAGAACCACACCAGCGACAAAACGGAUCAAGAUCCUAAUAGCGUUAGCUCUCAAAAGAAGGAGCUUCUGGGACAGGAUGCCAAGAAUUGCAGACUAGUGAAGGAAUCCAAGCCCAUUGGCAAACUCUGCUUCAACGAGCCGGAAUGUCGCGAGGUCUGCGUAGAUAGCACCAAACAGGUUUGCCGACCUCAUUCUGAGGAGAAAUGCACCAUCCGUAAUGUGAAGCGUUGCAACACCAUUCAAGAAGAACGUUGCGUUCAAAAGGCCGUGGACAAGGUAGAAAAUGUCUGCACAGAUACCGUGGAACAACAAUGUGCCACCAAAUACAACCAGGAAUGUACCACCACCCAAGAGGAACAAUGCCGAACCGAAUAUGAGCAAGUUCAGGAUCAGGAAUGCCAGACUGUCAAUCGGAAGAAGUGCACUGUCGUCAACGAUCGACAAUGCCAACAAGUGUUCCGCAAACACUGUACCACGGUAUUUGACACCCAGCAGAAGCAACAAUGCCAACAGGUGCCCGAGAGGAAAUGCCGGACGGUCACCAACACGGUGGUCGAUACCGUCGUGGAAACGGUUGUCAACCAGGUGUGUCAAGAGUCGUUCGAGGAUGUUUGUGACACUGUCGUCAUCACCACCACGAAGAAAGUCCCGGAUCAAGAAUGCGUCGUUGUGGACGAGAACAAAUGCUCCACUGUUUGGGAGACCAAGUUUGACACACAGUGCCAAACCACCCAGGAGCAGCGAUGCCAAACGCGUCUGGAGACCGUCUAUUCCACGGUCAAUGAGAAGCAAUGUAACGACGUCUAUGAAGACGUCUGUAACACCGUCAACACACAGCAAUGUAAGAAGGUUAAAGAAACCGUUUGCGACAACGGCGGAAGUCAAGGCAGUAGUGGAGGUGGCUCGGGGUUGGCCCAAUUCAACGCCGACAGCGUGGCCGCAUCUUACAAUGUUCUUGAUGAGGAAUACGGCGUCCCCACCGCUCCCCUUUGUCAACAAGUCGAGAAAGAGCAAUGCGUGAAUGUACCCAGCACUCAGUGCAACAAGGUCAAGCGCACUCAAUGUAACGAUGUUCCUCGUCGGGUUCCCCAUCAAGUUCCCCGGGAAGUGUGCGAGACCGUCCCCAAAGUGGACUGCAGAAAGGUGGCCAAGCGGAUUCCUAAUCAAGUUUGCAAGACCGUGCCUUCUCAACGAUGCAGACAAGUGACCCGAGAUGUUCCUGUCAAUGUUCCCCAAAGGCAGUGCCACAAGGUGCCCAAAAAGGAUUGUCGUAAUGUCCCUCAAAAGGUUCCCAAGCAAGUUCCGCGACAAGUCCAGUCCCAGGAAUGCAAGAAUGUGUUGAAGAAUGUGUGCAACUCGGUUCCGAUCAAGGUUCCUCGACAAGAGUGCCAAGACGUUCCCGAGCAAUCCUGUCGCGAUGUUCCCCGCCAAGAAUGUACCGAGGUACCCGAGCAAGCCUGUCGCACCAUUAAUCGUUCCGUCCCGAAACAAGUGUGUGAGACUGUUCCACGAAAAAACUGUCGACAAGUCCCACAAGAGGUCUGCAGAGAUGUUCCCAAGAGGGAAUGUAGACCCGUGUCCCAGAAGGUGGAACAAAAUAUUUGCGAAACCGUCCCGAAAGAGGUUUGUACUGACGUUCCCAAGGAGGAGUGCCGUACUGUCACACAAAAUAAAUGCCAGGAUAUGCCCGUGAAAAAGUGUAGCCAACAAUGCGACGACGUCUAUUGGUGCAAGGUCUGCAAUCAGAAAUGAUCCAUUUUAAGGGGCUCCCGACCAUAGACCUUCCUACCUCCAUGUAAAAAAACAGGAAUAGUGUUUCAAUUCAACAAGUUGGUUUAACGGGUAACUCUUGUGCGACUAGUAAUUGUUCCUCAUUCACACAAUAAUAACAUGUAUAUCACAAUAAAUUGUUCUUCUCAUCCUUUUACCAUCGUACAAGUUUAU